AUGGGCAAGGAUAAACAGAAAAGUAUAAAUGUAUUCUUUAAAAAGAAAGUAGUCUCUGAAAGUAAAUCAAGUGAUGCUCCUACAAACAUAAUUUCUGAAAGUGAUGCACCUUCUCAUGAGCAACCUCCUUCCAAGUGUCGCAGAAUUGAACAUACUGAUGACAUUAUUACAGUGAGAAAUAAAUUUUUUGAACGUGAUCCAGGCAAACGUAAGCCAAUUUGGGAGUAUUCAGCUAAUGAAGUCGAUGAGAUACGGAGAGCUUAUUUAAUGGUUGGGCCAUAUCAACCUCAAUGCUCCUACCCAUUUUCAAAGGAAAAGCAUCCUCGACGUUUUCAAGCUUCAUGGUUCAAAGAUUUUUCUUCGUGGCUUGAGUAUUCACCUUCUAUAGAUGCUGCAUUUUGUUUACCGUGUUAUCUUUUCACUACAAAGGCCGGUGGGCGACAUGGUUGGGAUGCAUUCACAAUCAAAGGUUUUAAUACUUGGAAAAAAGUUCAUGGUGGAAAGAAUUGUGCUUUUCUAAGUCACAUGGGAGAUGAUCCUUGUUCACUACAUACUAAUGCACUUGUCUCAUGUGUAGAUUUAAUGAAUCAGUCUUGCCAUAUUGAUAAAGUUAUGCAUGCUCAAAGCUCCCAACAAAUUGAAAAAAAUAGGUUGCGUGUUAAGACUUCAAUUGAUGUUGCCCGUUGGCUUGCUUUUCAAGGAUGUGCUUUUAGAGGGCAUGAUGAGACUAUUAAUUCAAGAAAUAGUGGUAAUUUUAUUGAAAUGAUCAAACUUUUGGCAUCUUACAAUGAAAAUGUCGCAGAUGUUGUUCUAAUGAAUGCUCCAUUGACAGCCAAAUAUACUUCACCUCAAAUACAAAAGGAGAUUUUAUAUGUUCUCGCAAACAAAGUGCGAAAACAGAUUUGCAAAGAUAUUGGGGACUCUAAGUUUUGUAUUAUUGUGGAUGAAGCACGUGAUGAAUCCAAAAGGGAACAAAUGGCUCUUGUCUUGAGAUUUGUUGACAAAGAUGGUUUCAUUAAAGAGAGAUUUUUUGAUCUUUAUCACGUUCAAGAUACAUCUUCUAUGACACUUAAAAAUGCUAUUAGUGAAAUACUCUCGCAUCAUUGUCUUGAUAUUCAGAAUAUCCGUGGCCAAGGAUAUGAUGGUGCUAGUAACAUGCGUGGUGAAUGGAAUGGAUUGCAAGCAUUAUUUCUUAAAGAAUGUCCUUGUGCUUAUUAUGUGCAUUGUUUUGCUCAUCGAUUACAAUUAGCCUUGAUUGCUGCCUCUAAGGAAGUUUCUUCUGUUUAUCAAUUCUUUCAGAAUUUGAAUUUCAUCAUUAAUAUUAUCAAUGCUUCUUCUAAGCGUCAUGAUCAAUUCCAAGCUGCCCAAAUUUCUGAAUUUGAACGUUUGCAGGCUAUUGGUGAGCUCGAAACUGGGACAGGUUCUAACCAAGUAGGUACACUAAAGAGGGCUAGUGAUACUAGAUGGGGUUCUCAUUUUUAUUCUAUAUGUAGUCUUCAACGAGGGUAUAAUGAAUCGUGUUCAGUCCUUGAAAAAAUUCGUAGUGAAGGCUCAAAUUACUCUCAAAGAGGAGAUGCUACUGCAACUUAUAAGAUGAUCACUUCUUUUGAGUUUAUCUUUAAUUUACUUUUGAUGAAGGAGAUCAUGGGCAUCACUGAAAUUCUUUGUCAAGCAUUACAACAAAAAUCUCAAGAUAUUUUGAAUGCUAUACAAUUAGUUUCAAGUACAAAGGAACUUAUUCAAGAAUUACGAGAUGAUGGUUGGAAAAGAAUACUUGAAAGUGUUGUGAAUUUCUCCAAGCUUCAUGAAAUAGAUGUUCCAGAUCUUGAUACUCAAUAUAUUGAAGGUCGUGGUCGUCGACAGCAUGAUCAAAUAACUAUUGAGCAUCACUAUCACUUUGAUAUAUUUAAUUCAACCAUUGACUUUCAAUUACAAGAGUUAGAUAGAAGAUUUAAUGAGCAAACAAUGGAACUUUUAUCACUUAGCUCUUCAUUAGAUCCGAAGAAUGGUUACAAAGCAUUUAAUGUUGAUGAUAUUUGCAGCCUUGCAGAGAAAUACUAUCCUCUUGAUUUUUCUGAGCAAGAGAGAAUUAUUUUGAAUUGUCAAUUGAAGCAUUUUCACAAGGACAUCCCAAAACAUUCAGAACUUCAAAACUUAUCUUCAAUUUCUGAGUUGUGUCAAGGAUUAGCUAAGACAGGAAAGUCAAAUUCCUAUCAUUUGGUGGAUAGGCUAAUUCGUCUUAUCUUAACACUACCAGUUUCAACAGCAAGUGGUGAACGUGUAUUCUCAGCAAUGAAAAUUGUGAAAACAAGGCUUCGAAACAAAAUGGAUGAUGACUUUCUUGCAAAUAAUUUGGUUUUGUAUAUUGAAAGAGAGAUUGCUGAAACUUUUACUACAGAUUCUAUUCUUGAAGAUUUCGUCAGUUUAAAAGAGCGUCGUUUACAAUUUUAG